AUGGCUUCCAACAGAGUCACCAAGGCUAAGGCUAUAAAGAAGGAUGUUGCCAAGUCUCCCACCAAGCCCAACAAGCUCGCCCGGGAAGCUGGUCGUGAGCUUCUAGAAGAGAGGCUCGAGUUUGUACUUACUUGUAUCAAGGAGACAGGAAUUAAGGUCGACAUGACUGCUGUUGCCCGACACUAUGGCAUCUCUACUAAUGCAGCCCAGCUGCGGCUUCGACGUGUUAACGAUUAUGUCGCCAAAAUGGUGAGCGCUAGAGAGGCAGCUCAGAAGAGUGAUGAAGUUCCGAAAGAUGAUGAGGACCUCGACGUCACCACAGAAGACGAGGAUGCCUGA